AUGUUGCUCUUCGCCGCUUUUGCCGUCUUUAUGACCUUCCUCUCCACCGUACUCAGUCAACCCGUCGAUGACAUUUCACCUCGCAGUAUCGGAGGCGUCAAGAUUGUCAAUAGUCUGCCCGCCCCAAUCUACGUCUGGUCCGUGGCCGAUAAAGAAGGCAGCAUGAACACGCUUCCUGCUGGGGGUGGCACCUACGAAGAAAUAUGGCGUGUGAAUGCUAAAGGGGGCCGCAUUGCCGUCAAGGUGUCAACAAAGCCUGACCUAGAAGCAAACGAUGUCAUACAGUUCGAGUAUGAAAUGAGCGGCGACAAGGUCUAUUGGGAUGUCUCAUGUGCUGACCUCCACCUACCCUCUGAGUUUACUACGCGUGGCUUUUCCAUUCAGCCUUCAUCCAAUGACUGCCCCUCUAUCAGUUGCGCUGCUGGUGAUGAGCACUGUCCCCAGGUUCAUCCUUGGUCAGAAGCCACUCAUAGUUGCCCUCUCAUGACGUCCUUGACGUUCAAGCUUUAA